AGAAAGUGAUGGCCACAAGAAGGACAAACUAGCAGACACAUUGGUUUUUGAUGGCUCAAACUGAAGUUCUGUAAUACAUUCAAACAUAAUUGAAGCCUGAAAAGCUCCUCACUUUACAAACCCCACCCAACAAAAAAAAAACAUCGAUCCCCAGAAUCCAAUCAUUAGUGUUUGUGUUCGAGUGAAUUUAGUCUUUCUCAGCAUGAUAAGCUUAGUUAACAUAUUUGGGGUACUAGGUAAUAUUAUGUCAGGGCUACUCUACCUUUCUCCUUUUCCAACGUUUUGGCGAAUUGUAAAGCGUAGAUCUACCGAGGAAUUUGAGAGCCUUCCUUACAUUUGCAAAUUGCUGAAUGCAUACUUUUGGGUGUACUAUGGUCUUAUAAAACCUGAUAGCUUGCUCGUUGCCACUGUUAACAUGUUUGGUGGUGUAGUUGAGAUCAUUUUUCUCACAAUAUUUCUACUUCUUGCACCUCCAAGAAUGAAGACUAGGACUGCCAUCCUUGUUGCAAUUUUGGAUGUGGGUUUUCCAGCGGCAGCAAUUUUGCUUACACAAUUCUUGCUACAUGAAGAAGCGCGGAUUGAUGUUGCAGGGUUAUUGUGUGUAAUCUUCAGUAUGAUUGCAUAUGCUUCACCUCUCUCAGCUAUGAAAACGGUGGUGACCACAAAGAGUGUGGAGUACAUGCCUUUUCUUCUGUCAUUCAUCUUUUUCGUAAAUGGAGGAGUUUGGACCAUCUAUGCCUUGCUCACAAAAGACUGGUUUGUUGGAUUACCAAAUGGGACUGGAUUUUUACUUGGAAUAGCUCAACUGAUUCUCUAUGCAAUUUACUGGAAACCUAAUAAGUCAUCCAAGCAAGUCCUUGAUGUCUUAGAGGAUCAACAGCAACAUGAACCACUCAUCCCAGGAGGCCUCCAAUCCAAUCAUACAGGAGAAGUGACUAGUAGUUAUAGGUCAUAAUAAUUCUAUAGAAAAAGCCGCCGAUGAUUAAUAAAAGUAGAGGGUAUUACAUUUUAGCAAAAAAAGUAGAGGGUAUUACAUAAAAAGUUCUAUUUUUGUACACUCCCUAUUGGAUUUGUCUUUUAUAUGUCCUGUAGAAAAUAGUAUUGUUAACUAGCAUCAAAUUAUUCAACUUUCAAUCA